AUGAAUCCAACUUUCUCCCUACCAGUUGAACUUCUGUAUCGCACGAUGCUCACUCGGCUCAGUCUAUACCUCCUGGCUCUGUUCUCUCCCGCCAGUGGCGAUAGCAACCACCAACGAACUUAUUUUUACGUUGGGGGAAACUACUCGGUCACUGAGAAUGGCGAGCAUGUAUACACUAACCAGAUCUAUGUCGAGAAGUUGACGCCCGUACAAGUGACUCAGCCAUAUCCGAUUGUGUUUGUCCAUGGCCAGGCUCAGACAGCCACAAACUGGUUGAACAAGCCAGACGGCCAGCCAGGAUGGGCAUCGUACUUCCUUGACAAGGGCUACGAAUGCUACCUGUUCGAUCAGCCGUUCCGCGGCCGCAGUCCCUGGCAAAUCUUCAACGGUAGACUGGAGACGUACUCGGCCGAACACCUGCAACGAUACUUCACCGCGCCUGAACGGUAUGGGCUAUGGCCACAAGCUUCCCUGCACACCCAGUGGCCUGGGACUGGGGUCAUGCAUGAUCCCAUCUUUGACUCCUACUACGCCGGUGCUGUGCCAUUUGUCAGUGAUAAUGUGCUGCAGCAAACUGCCAUGCGCGACGCGGGCGCCGCUCUGCUGGAUCAGAUUGGCCGGCCAGUUAUUCUGAUAGCUCAUUCGCAAGGCGGAAUCAUGGCAUGGCUACUGGCUGACCAACGGUCCGAUCUGGUUCACUCGAUUGUCUCCAUCGAGCCUGGUGGUCCACCGUUCAGCAACGCAAUGUUUGGAAAUAGUUCUGCUCGAGCAUACGGGCUGACGGACAUUCCUAUUGCGUACUCGCCGCCUGUGUCGGACCCGAGCACAGAUUUCUCCACCACCAUCUUGCCGUCCAACUCGUCAAUCCUAGCAGACUGCAUCAUUCAGGCGGAUGAUCCCCCUGCGCGGCAACUGGCGAAUCUGAGGGAUGUUCCCGUGCUCCUACUGACGACGGAAGCAUCAUACCAUGCGCAGUAUGACUGGUGCACGGUAGAAUUCUUGCAACAGGCCGGCGUACAGGCUGAACACUUGCAGUUGUCAGAUAUUGACAUCCAUGGUAAUGGCCAUAUGGUAUUCCUAGAGAAGAACAGUGAUGAGGUUGCGGCUGUUAUUCAUCGCCGGAUUGGACAGUCGGAUGACAUGGAUGGCAAAGCUGAGCUUUGA